AAAACAUAAACUUAAUAUUUCAUGAACUAAACACAUAUCUAAACACAUUGUUAUUGGCAGUUUCACCAAAUGCGGAAUUUACACUUUCUUUUCGCAUGUUCAUAGUCCUAAUAAAUCUCCAAGAAACUAACCAAUCAAUGAAUUAAACCACAUAGGACAAAAGAAUCACAUGUAUUACGAAUAGUGAAAAAGUAAUAUGAAACCAUAAUUGAGAAAAGAGCAAAUUCAUAGGAUUGACCACUUCAAUGACAUUUAAAUAAGCAAUUUCUCUCUCGUCACAUGAUAACCAACAGUUCAACAAUUACAUUACAGUUUCACCUUUUGUAGGCAUAAUUGUAGACCUAACAACUUUCCUCGAUUUUAACUCCACCAUACAACUUUUUAAAGUUGCAAACUCGAAUCUCGUUUAGAAAUAAAAAGUUCAUCCAAAACCACAAAAAGUUCGAUAAUAAUUGAAAACAAAAAGGAUCCCAAAAAUAAAGUUGAUAGAAUAUGAACAUACAAGAUGAUCAACGACCAUGGGCUGAUGUAUGUCCAGAUCUCUUGAAUUCCAUCUACAACAGACUCUCGUCCCAUGUUGACGGUACUCACUUUAGCGGCGUAUGCAAUAACUGGCACCGGGUUCACUCUCACAUCGCUCUUUACAAUCCCCGACCAUUUUUUAUUAAAAAUGGACAGUUUUCCAGCUCGGACGUCUUCCAAGUGCGGGAGGGUAAUCAACUAGUCCUCCAACGACGCCGUGAAUCUCAAAUCCCGUAUUGCCUUGCAAAUGUAGACAUAAGAAUCCUAGGGAUGGCUGGUGCGUGGUUGCUUGUAAAAGUGCGUGACGUUGGUUUGGGCUGGUACAAUCCUCUACUUCGAAGUCCAGCAAACUACAUUGGUCUUCCCAUCCCGAGUUGGCAUUUUUCUACCUACGACUACCCUUACGGACCAGACACAGUGCUCAAAUUUGCUUUCUCAGCGCUACCCACUGCUCAGGACUCAACGAUCCUCGUGGUGUAUGGUGACCGCUAUCUAUGCAUGUUCCGUCGUGAAAACAAUGGUAAAUUUGAGCAAAAAACAUAUGAUUUCUCCUUGGGUGGGAAAAAAGGACAAACAUGCCUUGGCGUGGGCUACAAAGAUGGUAGAUUCUUCUGUUUAUUUGAAAUGGGAGAUAUGUUGAUUUUCAGCAUCGACGAGAAUGAGGCCAGGAUGUUGUUGGCAGCGACUAAGCCCCUACUCCCAGAACAAAUCCAACAAUGGGACUAUUUGUGUGUUGUGGCAGUGGUGGUGGCGAAAAAGGCCACGACGGCAAAUGAUCGAUACCAUGAGGUAGAAGAGAUGAUAGGGUUUAGGCUAGUCACUCAUUGGGAGCGAGAUCGUGAAGGGAGUUUCAUGCUAGUCACAUUGGAGGAAGAGAAUAACGAUGGUAAUGACAUGGAGGCCAACAAUGAAACAACAGGAGUGAUUUUAGUGAAGGAUCGGUUGCCAUUGAAGAGGAAUUUUGACAUAUAUUAUAUGAAAAUACUGUGUGCUCUUUUUUGCAUGCUUUUAACUUCUUUUAUUGUUGGGAUUGUCUUGUUCUUCCGAACUUAGAGUAAUGAAGUGUUGAAUAAAAUUAGUGUUGAUGAUAGGUGUAUUGGCAUUGUUUUAACUUUUAGGGCUAAUUCUUCCAAUGGAACACCGGAACGAACUAUGACUAAAAGGCCACUUGUUAAUAUUUUACCCAGCCAUUUUUUUCCUAGUGGCGGAGAUCUCUUAUUCCCCAGAAGCAGAGCCACAUUCAAAAGCUCUCUUGUGUAAGUCAAUUCUCCGUGCAUGGCAAGUGUUGCUAACUUGCUGAUAGUUGUCCAUCGUUUGUCAAAUUUGAUCAGUAUCUUACAAUUUAAUUAAUACUUAAAAGUUUGAUGAAUUGAGAUGAUUUCAGAUUUGGGGUCAUGAAAAGCAUUCCCAUGAUGUUAAGAGAAAAGGAAUUAGGUGCUACUAUUUGUACGAAGUAGUUUAACUAGCUUGUUGUCCGACCCGUUGGUCGGAAUGUCAUUUGAGUACAAUGUAUUUUUAUGUGUAUUUAAAAUUUUAUAUUAUUUUAAAUGUUGAAUUUCGUAUGAUAUUAAGGUGACAUCGAAAUUAUUUUUCCAAUUUCAAAAUUCUUAUAACUUUUUAUCAAUGAUAAACAUUGGAAUCUUAAUGGUUAUAAUCAAAGUUGUGAAACCGGUUUAAGACGUUGAGUCGAUCAAGCAAGUAGUUUGACUGAGAUCCAACAUGUUUGAGCUGUUUUACACCUUAUCUAUAUAUAUAUAUAUAUAUAUAUAUAUAUAUAUAUAUAUAUGGAUAUAUAUAUAUAUAAAAGAGAUAGAAAUUUAGUGACUGAAAUGGAAAAUUCUAACUUGUAUCUAUUCAAAACUCAAAUUUCAUAAAAAAAUACCUAUCUCAAGAGUCAAGAUCCACCUACCAUCUCUUUGCCUCUCUAUUCUUGUCCCUCUAUAACAAUAAGACCUUUGGUUUGUAGAGCCCGUUUUGGAGCACGACUUUGGUCGGACCUAGUACAACUAGCGGUCCGGUAGAGGUGUAAAAAUCUUGAUUAUAACACUCGUGAAUAAUCACCCAUAACUUGUUUGUUUAAUGAUGUAGUCACUUAGUUGCCUAUGGUGGAAAAGAAAAUUGACAUAACAAUAAAAGAGUUUGUCUGAAAAAGCGUAGCAUAAAUAGGAAACUCAUGAUCAUAACCUUUAGUCAAUAUUUAUUUCUUUUGUUUGAAAAACAAUAUAUAAAUAGCAAUAUCUAAACCUUAAAGUAUUUUACACAAUACAAUAACAAAAUUAGUAAGAAAAUAACAUUUUCCAUCCAUACUCUAUGCAAUGAAAAAAAUAUUUAUCAACCAACAUACUUUAAAUUUAGUUGAAGGCCAAAUUUAUUCACUCAACAAAAAAAUUAAACCUAUCUUGUGGUACCGACCUUCUUAAUGCACAUAAUCACAUCAAUGCGUCCAUGAAAACUCCAGCCCGACUUUCAGGUUUGUCUUACACCCCGGUUAUUUCAUAUUAAACUAAGUAACUAUGAAUGAUGCAUAUAGUCAAUUACCCUAUAAGAUAAAAGAUUGAAAUCAUAUAGAAAAAUUGGUAUUUAAGAAAUUAUGUUCUUUUAA